GUGCCACAGUUCGACACGAGAGCUGAGCGAGUGCGGACGCGUGCAGCGGCUACCAAGCGGAACAAAACAUUGUAGGAGCCAGUGCCAGUGCUGUAAACAAACCAGAAAUUGUGUGAACUUGAGAAUUGUGGGCGGAGAAGACGAAGACGGCUCGCGAGUGUACGUGCCUGCCAUAUGUGUGUUGGUGGCUGUGCGAGAAGGUGCCACAGAUUAAUUAGCAAUUAACGCUGACCCACUGCAACAACCGACGACCGACACUCGACAGGCCAGGCCGCAGUAUGUCCGAAAUCAUUGAGCUAAAUGUUGGCGGUGUCAGCUACACGACCACGCUGGCCACUCUGCUGCAGGACAAGACAUCGCUGCUGCACGAACUCUUUGGCGAGGGACGCGAAUCGCUGGCCAAAGACAGCAAGGGUCGCUACUUCCUCGACCGCGACGGGGUCCUCUUCCGCUACAUCCUGGACUACCUGCGCGAUAAGGCGCUGCAUCUGCCAGAGGGCUUCCGCGAGCGUCAGCGCCUGCAGCGCGAGGCGGAGCACUUCAAGCUCACCGCCAUGCUCGACUGCAUACGCGGGGAGCGGGACGCCCGUCCGCCCGGCUGCAUCACCAUUGGCUACCGGGGCAGCUUUCAGUUCGGCAAGGACGGGCUGGCUGAUGUCAAGUUCCGCAAGCUGUCCCGCAUCCUGGUCUGCGGCCGUGUGGCCCAGUGCCGCGAGAUCUUCGGCGACACGCUGAACGAGUCACGGGAUCCGGACCACGGCGGUCCUGACCGCUACACCUCGCGCUUCUUCCUGAAGCACUGCUUUAUCGAGCAGGCCUUCGACAAUCUGCACGAUCACGGUUAUCGUCUGGCCGGCAGCUGUGGCUCGGGGACGGCUGGCUCGGCCGCGGAGCCCAAGCCGGGCGUGGACACGGAGGAGAACCGCUGGAACCACUACAAUGAGUUUGUCUUCAUUCGGGAUUAAGGCCACUAUGCCGCCUAUAUCCCUACAUUAAGCCCCCAUCCACCCAACCAGCUGUCUCUAUCCUUCUGUGUUUCGCCAUGUCCCGGAUUCUGCUGAGGCCCACAGGCCACGUUACGACAACAUUCUCAAGAACAACUAACAGCUGACAUCAACAUCGGCAUUCUGUCGUCCUUGUGACCUUCUUCUGGCUGCCUCGUCAGUAUUUUGCGUGUGUGUCUUUCGCUUUAAUGAGAUAUCCAUUAUGCGCAUAGGAGAUCAUAAAUAGGACAGGAACGAGCAGCAGCAGCAGGAUGCCAAGGAGAAUCCAAAGGUUUGAGUUUCAACCCACCUCUCGAUAUACAAAUGGGAACAUUUCAGAUGUACAAUUGAACUAAAAAUCCACACAUACCCCGUAAGCCUAGACAAUUAUUUAGAAAUACUUAAGCCAGGACCGCAUUCUUUUCCGUUUUGUGUUCUAUAUCUGUGUCCUUCCUUGGGGUUUCCUGCUAAUUAAAUGCGAGUCACACUUAAUGUCGGGGGGAGAGCGGAGAGACCCAUCAAAUUUGAUAUGUUGAGCUGCUGCGCAUAAAUUUUGCUGAUGAAUGAAGACGAAUUCGGAUUUACGAGCAGACAACAAAGUGAAAAUAAAUUGGCAGCGGCAGAGGCAAAUAGCAACAACAAAUCGAACAUUUUAUUAGCCCCAAAAUCCGUUAAUGCAUUGAAGAAUAAACAAGACGAGAGGAAUACAUAAAACAGAAUCGAAUGUAAUGGAAGUGCAAUGAGAUAAGAACCAGAGAAGGUACUACAGUCUCCAAUAGACCAGAAAGUCAGGAAUACACUGAAACCCUGAACAAUUUGAAAUACGGGUUACUCUCUUGAAACUAACGAAAUAUUGUAGAAACAGAAAUCACCAGUAAAACAAAUAUCCAGCUCUAGUACCGAGCAUACAAAAAACGAAAACAAAAAUGGUAAAUUUAAAGUUUUAUUAGCCUAAUAAAAGUCAAAACUUGGAAAAACAACACAAAUACUAUAUACAUAUAUCUGUAUACAUAGCGGCAUAGGAUAAAGGCAGAAAACAUCUGGCCCGAAAAAAUUAUGGCCUAAGCAAAAAGGCAAACGCAAUCCAUAAAACUCGAGCACGAAUCGAUAUUAGAACCAUAUUUACAAUAAAUAUCUUACAAAGGCUGUCACAAGACAACCAAAGCAGCUCUCCAAAAUGAUUCCGAAUUCUGGAAAGCUGCGAGUAAAUCAACCAAAAAUGUGGCCAUAUUACACAACAACAACAAAUAUUUGGCUUGACAGCUAUGGAGAGCGAGGUACUUAAUGGGGGGCUACAAUUCCAGGUUCUUUACAUGGUAAGGAAUCUUGAAAAAUAUCUAAUCCCAGCCUGGUCCUUCGCAAUGUUCUGUAGCUCAUUUUUGUGGCCCGAACAAAGAGGAGCAUUUAAUGUCAGGCAUAUGAUUGUCAUGUGAGAAGCUUUUGAAAAACCACUCCGAAUUAUUAGUGAAUUGUAAUGAGAGAUGCCAAAAAAAAAA